AUGGGGCGUGCCAAGGCGGUCGUGCUCGCCCACUACAACCUCAUGGCCUGUAAUGCCACGUGGGCGCCAGCGGCGGGGGAGACGCUCAUUCUCGCUAUGCCCCUCCUCCACGUCUACGGCUUCACCUUCUGCCUCAGGGCGGCGUUGGCGAUGCACACGCUGGUGCUGCACACGGCGAGGAGGAGGUUCGAUAUCGCGGCGGUCCUGGAUGCGGUAGGGAGGUUCGGAGUGACGUGCCUUGCGCUAGCGCCGCCAGCGCUGCUGGCCAUUGUGCGGACCACCGAGGAGGAUGCAACGACUGCCUGCAUGGCCACACUCAAGGCGGUGAGCUACGGCGGCGCACCCAUCGCGGCGACCUCAUUGUUCAGAGUCUCAGAGAUUAUCGUUACUGGUUGA